AUGGCCUCCAGAUCACCAAUUCUAAAUAAAGAAAACAACCAAUCUGUUGGUACAAACAAUAAUAAAAAUAAAGAAAGCACAACACUUAUUUGGUUUGAUCCAAAUAUCAGACCACGUGAAGACAUUGAACAAACAAAAGAACAACUUCGUCUUAUUAAUGAUUAUGUUAUUUUUUCUACUGAUCUUGAACAAUGUAUUAGAUUAAUGGAAUCAAUUGAUAAAGAAAAAAUCUUUUUAAUAACAUCAGGAGCAAAAGCAUCACAAAUUUUACCUCGAACUUCUUCUUUUCAUCAAAUUGAUUCGAUUUUUAUCUUUUCAACGAAAAAAGAACGAUAUGAAUAUUUAUUAAAUGAAUAUUCAAAUAUAAUUGGAAUUUACACUAAUCUUCAUGAUUUAUAUGAAUCAAUAAAAGAACAAAUUGAUCUUGUUAAUAAGCAAAUAGAAAAAUUUUGUCUUUUUGAUCAACAUCAAACAUUAGUUAAAGAUUUACCGAAAGAACCAGCAAAAUUUCUAUGGUUUCAAUUAUUUAAUUAUGUUUUUACUCGUCUUCCACAAAAUCAACAAGCAAAACAACAAAUAAUUCAAUUAUGUAAAGAAUAUUACCGUGGAAAUACAAAAGAAAUAGAACUCAUUAAUGAAUUUGAACAGUAUUAUCGACCAGAAGAUGCAAUUCGAUGGUAUUUAAAACAAUCAUUUGUUAAUAAAUUAAUUAGUAAAGCAUUAAGAACUGACGAUAUUGAUUUUUUAUAUCAAUUUCAAUUUUUCAUUCGUGAUCUUUCUCAAAAUCUUCAACUUCAACAUGCAAAAAUUUUAUCAUCAAGCGAAAAUAUUAUAAAUGUUUAUAGAGGAGUUCAACUUGACAAAGAAGAAUUCAAGAAAUUAAAAAAGAAUCAAGGGAAGCUUAUUUCCACUAAUGGAUAUUUUUUGGCUACUCGACGAAAAUCACGAGCACUUAGUUUUGCAAAGAAAUCAAGAAAAAUAAUUGAUAACAUUUCCGUUCUUUUUCAUAUUCAAUUCGAUAGUAAAUUAAUUGAUAAAAGUAUUAUUUUUGGUGAUAUUUCUCAAUUCAGUGAAUAUCCAAAUGAACAAGAAGUUUUAUUUGGUUUAAAUGCUUGUUUUCAAAUUGAAUCUAUUCAAGAACAAGAAUCAUUGAAAAUAAUUAAAAUGAAUCUUUCAAAUGAAGGAAAAAAAAUUAUGAAAGACUUUAUUGAAUUAAUGCAAAAAGAUACAGAUGAAUUACAUGUUUCGAUUGUUUUUGGAAGAUUAAUGUGCAAUUUAGGUCAAUAUAACAAAUCAAUUAAAUAUUUUCAACACUUAUUUAAUGAUUCGAAUGAGGAAGAUCAAGCUUGGAUUGAAUUUAAUAUUGGUCGAGCUUUUGAUCUUAAAGGUCAAUGGGACAAAGCUCGAAAAUAUUAUGAUCGUGCAUAUGAUCGAAUGAUGAAGAAAAAACCGGCAAGAAUCAAAGAUUCUGCUCAUGUUCUCAACAACAUUGGUGCUAUUCUUUCCGAUCAACGAAAAUACGAUGAAGCUCUCGACUAUUAUCAACGGGCACUAGAAAUUCAAGAGAAAUUUUAUCCAUCUGGUCAUGCCAAUAAUGCUACAAGUCUCAGUAACAUUGGUGUUAUUCUCUAUCAACAAAGAAAGUACGAUGAAGCACUCGACUGUUAUCAACGAGCGCUGAAAAUUCAAGAGAAGUUCUAUCCAUUUGGCCAUGCCGAUAUUGCUCAUAGUCUCAACAACAUUGGUGUUAUUUUAUAUGGACAAAGAAAGUACGAUGAAGCUCUUGAUUAUCAUCAACGAGCACUGAAAAUUCGGGAGAAAUUUUAUCCAUCUGGUCAUAUCGAUAUUGGCUCCAGUUUGAACAAUAUAGGCAUUUGUUAUGAAGCACAGGAGAAACGAAAAAUGGCACUUGACUAUUAUCAACAAGCAUUGACUAUUUAUGACAAGUUUCUUCCUGUUGACCAUGCAUUUCGACAGAAAACCGAAAAUAACAUUCGUCGACUUACUGAAAAGAAUUGA